GUGCAUUUACCUCGUGGCGAAUAAUAGAAAAUGGUGGUGAUGGAUGGAAGUAUGAAGAAACGCCAAAGGGUGCUGACCCCUUGCCUUUAGAUAAACAGGGAUGUUUUUCAACUUCGUAUGGACCAUGCAUGAAGGAGCAAGUCAUCAGUCUUGUGAAUGAGGGCGUUCUUCCUGAAAUAAUGGACAACUUCAAGCCACACAUUGAAGUCUCGGAAUGGCAUGCGGCUCGAUUUGACUGUGGCUGUGAGUACCGACUGACUGUCUCGCUCCUCAACGGCAAAAGGAGAGUGCUUCACGAGUACACCACUGAUCCCAUUCUGACGCUUCAGUGGGUUGGCCGUGAAUGGAAUCAAGUCACACAUGUUUUUCGUGACUACCCAUCGGGGGUGCGUUUUGUUCGGUUCCGGCACUCUGGUUGUGACACGCAAUUUUGGGCAGGCAAUUAUGGAUCCAAGAUGGCGGGAGGUGUCGUUCGCAUUCGUGGACACAAGCAGGAACCUGUAGCAGCUGAAACCAUUUCCGCAUAGCCUUUCUUUGUCUUGAGCAAGAAUGUGCUAAUGUAUGUUGAUUUGCUGUUUAGAAUGCUUCACCAUAGGCUGUUAUGUUAUACAAGCGGUGAACUUGGGCUCAAGUGCUCCUUAUUUAUAAAAUCAUUUGCUUAGUUGGAUGUUUCUAAACCUUUUGAAUGUAUUCUCUGUACCAUUAUGCUUUUUUCAAAACAGCUGAGCUUAAAAAUUUUGACUUGCAAGCAUGGACAUGAGAAACAGACAGCAUGAAUGGCAACUGUCGAAUGAAAGGUAAUGCUGUGGCAGAAAAGAGCAUUGACACAAAACUUAUUUGCUCAGAAAACAGUAAUGCCACUUGCCAGUCUGGGACACUUGAUGGCCUGCUCGAAAGAUAGACAUACGCAUUAAACACAUCUUUUAGACAUAUCUACAGAUUGCAGUGCACCAUUAUGCACCAUUUUCAGCUGCCCUCACUUUCGGACACCACUUGUGCAACCAGUUGAGUUGGCUGACAUCAUGGGCACUUUUUCUAACUUGUGAAUCAUAAUGAACACUUUAUAAUUUGUUGUAUUUAAAAUAAAACAGUAACAUAAGUAGAAUACACAUUCCCAGUAAACCUGGGAACAUGUGGUGUACGGCGAGCUUUGUUUGGCUGUGUUACGUGCUCCAUGUUGACAUGAACCAGUGUUGAUAUCUUGGUUUCUUUUCCCUAACACUAUGAACUGCCCCUACUGAAUUGUGGUCUGCAAAUCUAUUGAUUGAUGACAUGUCAAGCUGUGGCGGCAGUGCAUUAGUUAUCCAAUAGACACUAGGAUUCUCACAAUUGCAACCAUUGCUUCUUGCCAAUUUACGCUUACCAGUGAUUGUUGUCAGAGGCAUCAGCGCACCCAGGAUUUCUCUCAGGGGGGGGUUGAAAUUCUGAGAAGACUACAGGAAUGUAACGACAAAUGAAAUAUGUGAUACCAAAUAAUAAUAAUAAUAAUAAUAAUAAUAAUAAUAAUAAUAAUAUAAUAAUAAUAUCAAAUGUGAUGAUGACGAUGAUGAUGAUCUUUCAGCGUUUUGCAGCAAGAUAUUGAAAAUACUUGAGAGGGCCAAGAAACCACUCAGUGAAGCAGUGCACGUAGAAAAUAAACGGCAAAUUGAAUAAACCAAGGCGUAAUAUAGUUCCAACAAAUGUGUCUGGCAAAUACUUGUUUUUGCCAGACACAUUUGGACGAUACUUCAUGUAGUGAUAAGGGUGUUGACGUGCGGGCCGGCUGGUGAUCGCGCAAUGCUUUUAUAAAACAAAUGAUUACUAUGGUAGCGCAAACAAAUCGGACGCAAGAAAGGCACACGAGGACACCCGGCGCCGUGUGCCUUUCUUGUGUUCCAUUUAUUGUGUCUUGUGUCCGAUAGAAACAGUAAUCAGGAAAUGUCAUACAAACAAGCCCCAUUGGCAAGCUUAGCAGCUGAAAAAUUCUGCAACUGAAAAUUUUGUGCAUAAUGCGAGCAGAACAUCCUAUAUUAUACUUCUUUCGAGCCUUGCCAAACUACAAAUCUGAAAGUGUAUCGUAAAUAUUGAUUGUAAACUUUCUGGCAUUGAUUAUAAACAGUAUGCACAGGUCAGUGCAGCACACGUACAGUACAAUUCUCAGCUCACGGAUAAACUGCAUUGUAGCCACGCUUACCGAUUUGCCAUGUCAUUCGGGUGCACAGGUUCGGCGACUGAAGUAUACCCUCUGAUAAGUCACUGAUCGAUUGACGCAUCUGAAGGCGCUAUGUGCUGAGUCAUCGGUUCCUUUUUGGUCGUAAUCGGGCAUUCCGGUGUUGUUGUUGCUUCUCUUAAAUUGCAACACGGAAUCUUUGUCGGGAAGUAGGUGAGGAUCGUGUUCGACUAGCGCAUCAGCGAGAUUUCUGUGGUGUGGUAGCUCACUGUCGACGCAGACUCGCACAGCAGACACAGAAGCAAGUUCUAGCAAAGCGAACUUUUCCGUCCGAUGUACAACAUACAAAAAAGAAGUGGUAAAAAGGGAGAGAGCGAGAGUUGCCUACUGAAAAAAAAAAAGAAAGAAAACGUGGCACCCCAAUAUACCUUUCGCAUUCUCCAAAGCCCCUUUUUCUUGUCCCACGGCCUUCAAAACAUUUACUCAUUCUGCCAUGUCGUUUUACUCCUCCCGUCUUCGCAACGUAUGGAUUUCGCGUAGCAUUCAUGCUUGCUUGGGGUCCCUGCGUGUGUGCAGUACUGCGGCAUGGCUGGCGACGCACACACUGUUGCUCCAAGGCUUGCUCAGAAAUGCAGGAACGACAGUGUAUGUGCUUAAACUAAUAUCGUCAUGUGCUCGAGCUGUACGCUGUACGGAUCCGGGGUUUGCGGUCGCUUUGACGAAUGAGCCGCGUACUACGAGGUCGCCUUUCUUCUCGCCGCUCCAAUGCACCUCGUCCGUCUGCUGUCAACAAAGUUGACAGCAGACGGACGGUGGUGCCAUCAAAUUUCGAGGCUAUAACAAGCCUGUUGUGGGUUUCCUCUGUAUGCAGGGACACUCCACACGAAGGGUCGGACACAGCAAACGUUUAGAAUAUAUUUUAAUUCACUUCCAAAGUGUACCUAAAUGCUCAUUCUCCUGAUGGAGACCCAUCGCUAGCACGCCAACGCUGACGUAGCUCUGUAGGAAGGGCAACGAAAGUUGUAGUGACGUCACACCAGAUCUGCUGUAGUGACAUGAGUGACCUCCGGACUUUCGCCACCUCCGCAACGUACGUACCAGCUGUAGUGAACUAGAAUAUAUUUUAGUUCACUAUAGUACCGGCAAAACAUCGGUUGCUAAAUCACUCGCCAUGUUUCGAUCGCUUCCUGGCUAAGUGCGUCACAGCCUUGUGUGGUCACGUGGCCAAGCCUCCUACACUUCUACGUCACUGCCCAACCUCGGCGCCCAGAAACCGAAACCGAAAGUUGUUCACAUCAAAAGGCGAUAUUAAAUUAUUUAGCGAGAAUACAUGAAUCUUGGUGCGUGCAUCAUGCUUCCUGGAGCUAUAGCAAACGCUUACAGCAAAGAACGCGCAAGCCACAAAUUUGGUGGCACCACCCCUUUAAGAAAAAAUGCACGACCACCCCGCUGGCGACACCAUUUGCCUGCACAAAACGAAAGCCGCGAAGAAAACAGAAAACACUUGUUUCGAAGCGCCGCCGACGGCCUCUUAUCUUUGGAACUUUGAGUGAGCAUUAUCCCUACGUUUCGGAACCUAUACGGUUCCUUCUUGAGAGUUCGAGGGAGCGAGACAAACGAAGAAGGCUUCUUUUCUUGUUCGGCCGGUAUGAAAGGGUGAGUCAGGUGGCGGCGGUGACCGGUGGGAAUGAGUUGAAGAGUAAAAGGGGGUGGGAAGCUCCUUUGGCGUGUGGAUGUGUCGAGGUAAACUGUUAGAUGAGAGACAGGGAAAGGGAGAUACUUGGAGUGCCGGACUGUGUGAAGCUGUAAGCAGACAUCUUUUUUUCUUUUUUCUUAGGCUCUGCGCAGGGAAAAGCGAAGACACUACGUGUAGGUUGCCUUCAGCGUGGUUCACAAUUGGGUAGCUUGGAUCUGCCAGCAUUCAUAUUUCUGGUAAUUGGUUUCAGCUUCGAGGACUACAGUUUCAAGAAAAUUGAUUCGGCGGUCUGCGUCUUUGCAAAAUUGUGGACGUCUUUCCCGUCCUUCUUACAGGUUCUCAGUUCCGCUGAUGCAGCGGGCGUCGCAGCCAGUACAAGCAGUUUUGUUGAGGAUGCCUCGGGUUCGCUCUUCCGGUGGCCAGUCUUUUGGAGAAGGCAGAGAACGCGCUAUUGUGCUCGUAAUGCUGAAAACAUUUUCACGAACCGCCCGUCCCCAUCGUCGGCUGCGGGCCACGCGCUCGGAAGGGGGGGGGGGAUAUCAGCAAGACCGUUUCUUUUUCCUUCUUUUUUCAGCACCCUAUUACGCCGACGGCUUUUCGAACAUGUGGUUUUGCUUAGAAGUCGCGCACGCGGCGCCGUUUGCGGUUUCGAACUGGCUUCGGCCCGGGCUUUAUCCCUCCCGUUUCGGACUGCACGUGUGUAUGGCGCAAAUUACAGUUACAGUGCUACAGUGUACUAGCGCAAACGGACGGGCCAUUCACCAAAGCGAGAGCCGUAGAAGGCUCGACAAAGAAAAGAGCGGAGUAUGGAAGCAACUUGGAAAGGCUGCAGAAGGGCGGCGCGUCUAGCACUCACAAAGGGCUGCAGAAGAUGGUGGGGCAAGCGGGCGGUGUACUUUUGAAGCCCACACGUGCUUAAUGGGUGAAGUCAUUGGCGGACAUACGCGUCAAGUGUGAUCGAUGGCCUCAAAAGUUGGGCAGCAGUCCAGUAAGAAGGAGGAGGAAAAAAAAAAGAAAAAGAAAGUCCUGAUGGAUGUAGGGAUUGAAAUUUGUGUAUCUAAUACGAUUCCAUGUAUUUCCUCUCACAUGGUGACCGGAAAUUUGUUUGCAGAAUGUAAAGUUUGGCUUGAUCGAAAUUGUGGUCUUGUUGGUUGAAGUGUCUAUCCCACCUCAUUCUCAUUUUAUGUUUUGUAGAACCCAUUUAUGAUGAAAAAAGAAUGUCGGCAGGAGAGCGUGCAUUAUUGAGUAUUUAAAGGAAAACAAAGGUGCUCCGUGAAGGACACAAUUCGUGUUCAUUAUAAUAUCAAGGAUUUAAGAAAAAGUAAUGAGAAUGCCAUCGGCAUCGUAACAGGAAAUGUUCAUCACGCUUAAGCGAGUUUCGAUUCCAUAGCGAGUGAGGAAUUGAAUGUACAUGAAAACGCUUGUUAUUUCUAUAAAAUGAGUUUUAUGACGUAGAAUUUGAAAAAGUUGCACAUUCGAGGCAAAAGAAACAUAUACUUGUUGCGCAACUUCGUCGUCGCGCCAUUAGUGCCAUUAAACCAAGCCAUGGAUGUGACACCGACAAUUUGAUGGUAUUUAGGCACUUGAUAUUCUAAUCUCUAAUUGCAUUAGAAGCGUCCUAGUAAUCAAAUAUAAUUUGCGUGUGUGCAGGUGUGAACCUGUGUGAACCGGAUAAUAAUGUUUAUAAACGGUAAACAACACUGCGAACUCCUGUUCUGGACGUAUACAUGUAUGUAGCACUGCGUACACAGCUAGGUUAGCUGCUAUACGUAAUACUUUUUGAUGCCACAUGCUCUGUGCACCGACGUCUGUGGCUAAGUCACGCGCCGCAUUAUCAUUGUACACCGUCCCGUCUUAGACUUCUCCCGAGAAUCAAAUAAAAAAAAUGAAAAAGAACAAUACCUUGCUUCGAAGAUUCCGAACUAUCACCUUUGCUCUAUUGCAAAUCAGAGGGGGCAGGAAAAGAAGAGGGGUCAAACCGACGACCCGUGAAAGCAUCUUCUCUUUCGUCCAAAACUGCUUCACAGAACCUUCAGAGUCACAGAACUUGCGGUUUUCGCUCUUUCUGUUUAGGAGUAGAUGACCGAAUACAACACAUUAAAUGAAGGAAAUUCGACCUGAAACCACCUCAUGAAUUGAAAUGAUAACGUUAACAAGGCCCCCUGAACGUGUACGUUGGAUUCUCGGUGACAAUGACCGUGAAGCAGUUACGGGGGGGUCAGGUCGGCCUCGGGGGGGGGUUACGACCCCCAAACCCCCCCCCCCGUCGGUGCGCCACUGGUCAGAGGCAUUUAGUUGGCCCACAAUGUUCUUGGUUCUCUGCAUACCAGAGAAGAAAAUGUGAGUGGCCUGAAAAGAGCUUUACAGCACCCAGGAUUUUCACGACACCUGGUGGCAUAGGGCUUAACCAACUGCUUACGGCGGCUGUGGUACCAACCACUAAUGACCUCCCGUCAAUACAACUGAAGUUGUUGACGAAAAGCAGUGUUGAGAAGGAGGGCUCACUUGACACCAAGUGCUUCACUUAAGUUAUGGUGUGAAUAAUUUGAUAAUGUUGUGGGCUUACACAAAUUCAAAAUACUGUUUGAGGUACCUCCUAAUGCCUGGAUUUAUACAAUGGGCUGCCUACCAUACAUAGAAGUUAAAAUGAACUUUGCACACUAUGCCUCUACAACAUUCUGUGAAGUUGUUAGUGUGUUUUUGGGACACAUACGGGUCUAUUAUUUAUUGCAAGGGGUGGGUGCAGCGCCACGUAAGAAAAGGUUAGGAAAGUUAGACGACAGGAAUUACUAAACUUUAUUUUGCAUUGAUUGCAAAUGUAGAGCCAAUGUCCACUGCGGAAAAAACAGCCAGACAGUCGCCGGAGAACCGGUCAAAAGACGGCUAACAUUCCUAACCUGCUACACCUUGCAAUGAAAUACCAACUAGCCUGCAUUGAUAGCCUUGUUCAGUCUAUUAUUUAUCCCAACUAGCCAGCUCAGUUUCAGUCACUCUGUGGUUUGAAAUUUGCACGACCACACUAAGUGCAUUACGUUUGUGCUUUGCCAAAAAAUUCAAAUUUUCUUGUGUAAUGGAGCAACAGGAGUAUCUUGUUCCAAAGCACCGCCCCUGGGGCCAGAGGCCAAGUGCAGCAUUUGGGAUUACCAGGCAUGAGAGGAUGGUUCCUUGCAAAUGCUUCCUUACUGCCGGCAAUGUUAUUGUCUACACAGCAGCAGCACGAGGCAGUGAGAAGCUAUCGCAGAACGAAAGCGAAAAACCAGCAGCUAGCAUAAAAUGAGAUGUUGGGAUAAGAGACUGCUUUCAUUCAUACCUAAAACAAGGUGGUGGACAGCACCUGUGGCUUUCUUGACCGAUGAUGCUCUACAUUUUGAAUAUCUUAUUUUUCUUUACUGAAGUCAGGAAGGAUAAGUCAGUUGCAGAAAGUUAACUGUGUUUAUUCUUAUAGUCUUUUUGUCCUUUUCUUGUUUCUUUGGUGUUUUUUUUACAGCUUAAGCAUUUGUUUGUUUGUUUUUAUCCCGGCACCAUGGGGCCUAACAAAAGGUGUGGAUACAUAUGUGAUUGCGCGUGUAUUUCAGAUGACUUUGUUUUUUUUAGUUUAUGGGGAUUAGAUCAGUCAUUAGUGGAAAAGUUAAUUGAGGCCGAUAGUUCAGUUUUAGAACUAAUUACAGCUCAUAAACGUUAAAGAACAAUUUACCAAGGCUUUUAAGUGCUUACAAUAAAUCUAGGAUUGGUGUGUGUGCCCUUACCCAAUCGGAAUUUUCUUGCCUUAAUCAGAAGGACUAACAUUCUUACAUUCUGGAUCAGUUCAGUGUACAGUGUCUUGUAAAGAUUUGUAUCAUGUUUUAUUUUUUGUGAUGAUAAGAACAUUGUACGACUGCUCCGUGCGCAACUCUUCAUUCUGGACAACUGUUUUACUUUUGGAGGAUGUCACCUAGUGUUUGUCAUGUGGUUCUGUAAACUUGUGUUUUUUUUUUUCUUUUUGUAUUUUUGUCUAAAGCUAAUGGCAGCUCCGUGUCUGUGCUCAUAGGAGGCAGGGUGUUCUUUCAAGCUGUAGUUGCUUUUCGUCCCCCAACAUAUUGCACUUCAAUUGUACAAUUUUUUUUAGGCCACACAGUUACUUUUCACGACCACAUGGCCCUGGGGAGCACAUGCAACCGAUCAUUCAUAUGCAUAUGGAAUAUGUCAGCUGAUUUUGCAGUUGACUGAGCUCAUUAGGAGGUGGUGUGUAAGAGCCCUUGUGUUGGCAGUGUGAUCUUUCGAACUGUAGGGUACUGAUUGCACAGAUUAGUACUCUUUAUUGAGGACAGUGUGCAUGUUUUUCUGUUGAGGCCAUGUUGUAAUAUGCAAAAAGUGGUGUCUGGCCAUGGUGAAAAAGAUGACUCACUGUGUGGGUGGGUGUUGUCAUACUAGAUGAGGAAGAAAAUGAGCUGUUGUGCAGACAUUGUGAGGCGACAAUGAAGAAAACGGCCGCUGCCCAGAGCGAGCCUUUGAAGUAGAUCGGAGAGCUCGCUUCAGCAACAGAACGGGACAAGGCUCGGUUCUACUGCAAAGUGGUGCUGUCAUAUUACUAGUCAGGCAGAAAAGCAGAUGGAUGCGGGCACGUAUGUGUGUUGUGUACAGUGGCGGAUACAGCCAACCAUUUUGGGGAGGGAGGUUUGCUUGGUUUUGAGGAAUUGCUGUUUCUCCAGACUCCCACCAUAAUAGGCUGUUAAUUUGUGCUCACUGUGUUCCCACUCAUUUGUCAUAUCAGAUUCUCAACUCAUGAAAGAUUCAAGAAUUAAAACAUGACUGCCAUGUUUCAGAUGUAGGCAGGAUUUACUGCACUAAGUCUCGCAAUCACAAAAGUUAGUUCUUGAUAUGUUAUGGAGACCACGCAGUGUUGUUAUUAGAAUGAGUGAGUACUCACUGUGGUACUAUAGUAGCUAUAGAUGACAUUUUAAACUGAUGAUUGCACUGGGUGAAGGGCACAGUUAUUAGAUUGAAGCUGUCUUUGCCUAACAUGUGCCAUAGUAGCAGCAGGAGUCUGCUGAAGCGCCAUUGGCUGAGCCAACAGCUCACGUGGUCUUGCUUUUACCAAUCAGCUGUGCCAAAGACGAAGCAUAUUGAGCUCACGUAACACCUGGUAUAACUAAGCUAGCUUUGCUGUCCAACCAUCUUCACGGAGUGGAUGGGCCAAUGAUUUUUCCAUUACAGACACAAAAGUGUUGCAGUUAUGAAGAUUGUUUUAUUUUUGCACUAUAAAUAAAGGUUCUACAAUUUCA